AUGUGCCUUGACAGCGCACUCGUGCCUCCCUACCAUCCCCUGCCUCACAUCUCACUCUGUCUCCGAUCUGAGCCUGACACGGCUGUCAGCUCGGUACCCCUUUGCUCUAGCGCCUUCGAUAUCGCCGCUGUCUUGAAGGAGCAUAGCGAGGCUGAGAUUGCCACAGAGGAAGGGGAGGAGGAUGUUUCCUUAGGCCACCAAGCCCAGCCGCUGUCCCCGCUCGCCGACCUUUCUGAGCCAUCCGGCGCCAAGGCGACCUCACUCGAGCGGAAAAGAACGAGAAAGGGAGGGGGCAGCGAGGGUGACAAGCAAAACAGCGGGGCGGCAGGACGGGACACAGAAGCUUCUACCUUCCAGCCUCUCCUGAACGAUUAUAUAACAACCCUGCAACGCACCCAUCCAACGACACCCUUUGUCUCCAUAUCCCACCGCCACCAUGUCAUCCGGGACCCAGCUUCGUCGAGGCCAUCCCAGUGCGUACCUCACCACCAUUUUGUUGUCACUCGCAUUGAUUUCCACACAGUCACUCUUGGUCUCGUCAUCCUACUUGCCAUCUUUGAGCUCGCACUCUCCGCCUGGCUCACAUCCAAGUUCAAUGCCUUGCACCACUACCAAAAUCCCUCAGAGGGCGAUCGCGUCCGGUUCACCCUCCUCACGUCCACAUGGACUAUUCUCACGUCGGGGAUGCUCAUCCUCCUGUUCAUGCACUCGCCCGACGGCUCGUUGACCGUCAUCGACGCAUCGCUCGGCGGCUGCUUCACACCGGACGUUCUCUUGGACACCCUACGGCGGUGCGGGCAGCUGCGCAGCCUAGCUCUUCAACUCGGGGCGGACCGAUCCGGCGGCACGUUUGUCCCGCAUCACACCUCGCUGCCCUACCUCUCGGACCUGAAGAUGACCGUAACAGCAGUCAAUCUGACCGAGUUGUUCGACUGUCUGACGCUGCCCUGUCUGGACAAGCUCAUGGUGCAUUACAACGAUGCACCUCACGUGGCGGAUGACGCUCGAGCCUUGGACCGUCUGCUUAUCCGCUCAAAAGCGUUCCUGAAACGACUCGAUCUCGCGGAUCCACAGCACCCCGGGAUCGAAUGGCAUCUUUCCUGGCUUCAGAUGCGAAGCAUGCAGCGCCUGGAGGAGCUGUACAUGCAUAUCGCGCUCGACGAUGCAUUCGUCGCCGCCCUCACUCUCCGUCCCGACCUCCCAUCCUCGCUGUUUCCUGGUCUGCGCACGCUCUAUCUCCACGACGCGGAAGCCGGCCAGCACCUCAACGAUCUCGAGCUAUACCGCAUGGUCGUCUCACGGAUCGUUCCGUUGACGAUAGUCGCUCUGCUGGUUCGCAUUGCUGGCCAUCAUGCGGCCCCAGCUCUUCCGUUCUUGAUCGAGCGUUGCAAAAAUCACAUAAGUCUUGCCCUGACAUUGCUGCCCUGCGGAGAUCCGACGGCAAAGACCGGGCGAUAUCUGCCGCCGCCGAUGGCAGGAGGAUAUUGCGUGGAGUGA